AUGAGCCAUUUUGUGACUCUUCGUGUGUUCAGAUGUCAGCCAGCAGAAAUGGAGCCCCUGGAUGUGCUGAGGAAUUGUUUGGUGUGCAGAUGGGACCUGAGGAGGAGGGACCCCAGAAUGCUGCCCUGUCUCCACUCCUUCUGCAAGGACUGUCUUCCAGAUCUGAUUCAGGGGUACAGCUGUAUCCCCACUGAGUAUGAAGUUCUCUAUGAAGGUAUCAUUUCCUGUCCUGUGUGCAAACAGACCUGCUUUGCAAGGGAUAUAGUUGAGAAUUUCUUCCUCAAGGACUUUCCCACUGGUGAUUCAGCUAUGGCAAGGAGCUGCUCCCUGUGCCAAGAGAAGAGAGCUGCCCACAGCCUCUGUACGAGGUGCAAUAAGUGGCUGUGCAGCUCAUGUACAGAGGAGCACAGACACGGCAAGGAGCCUGGAGACCUCUUCCUGGCUGUAUCCCUGAAAGGCUGCUCAGCAGCUGAAGAUGAGGCAAGGGAGUUUUCCCUGUUUUGUGCCGUGCACCCCCAGGAGCCGCUGAAGCUGUUUUGUGAGAGCUGUGACACCCUCACCUGCCGCAGCUGCCUCCUGUCUGAGCACAAGGAGCACAGGUUCAGGCAUCUUGAGGAAGCUCUGCACAAUCAGAGAAUUAUCCUUGAGAAUCUCGUAACUAAAGUGGAGGAGAAAAAAAAUGGGAUUCAGGUUUCGGCUAAACAGAUUGAAGACAGGUUGCUUGAAGUAAAGCAUUUGUACAGAAAGGUGGAAAACCAAAUAAAAAUGACCAAGGUGGUCCUGAUGAAUGAAAUUGAGAAAAGAACCAAUAUCCUCCUUGAACAACUUGAAAAAAUCACCAGUGAAAGGAAGCAGGGGCUGGAGCAACAACUGCAAGGUGUUGUGGUGUUAGGCAGACAGGUGGAACAUGUCCAGAACUUCAUCAGCUGGGCCGUGUGUAGUAAAAAAAACAUCCCAUUUCUCUUCAGUAAAGAACUGAUUGUGUUUCAGAUCCAGCGCUUGUUAGAGACCAACUGUAACCCUGACCUGGGACCUCCUCUGAAGAUCAGAUUUGCUUGGGAUCACUCCUACUGGACUAAGCAACUCUCCAAUUUAGGGGGUCUCACAAUGGAAGGUGGACACAUUUCUCGGCCGGACGUGCUCCUCUGUGGCAAUAUUCAAGGUUUACAAGGUUUACAAAGCUCUCUGUACCCCGGGCACCAUUCCCCAGCCUCGCUGGGGUGCACCCAUCCGCCCCAGCUCCUGCCCGCGCUCCAGGGCUCUGCCCCGCUCUGCUGCUCGCACUGCCUCGGCGCUCCUCAUCCAAACAAACCUUCCUCUCCUUACCAAGACCUGAGCCACCAGAAAACCUUCCAGCAGCCUCCUGCACUCCAUCAGCAGCCCUUCCCUGUGCAGUACAGCCUGCAACACCACGACAGAGAGCCACGGGGUGUCCCCCAGCCUGGGAAGAUGGUGCAGGCUGGGCUGGAUCCACAGCCAUGCUCGGAGAUGGAGAUCGCACCCGGGAGGAUGGCAAAGCCCUUUCCACCCCAGCAGGGCUGUGCUGCUGUGUCCCACGAGGUUCAGCAGGUUCACACCAGCCACCCCCAGGCGUCUUUGCAGGCACCAAGUGUGCCAGUGCAGCUCGGCCAUCCCCAGAAGAUAAAGUCUCCCCCGGUGCUUCAGCCACCAGCGUCCCCACCACCAGGUCACGAUGACGAGAGCGCCCACAAGCAGGUCAUCCAGCAGAGCCUGGACAUCAUGCACCACCAGUUGGAGCUGGAGGAGAUGAAAAAGGAUCUGGAGCUUCUCCUGCAAGCCCAGGGGCACUCCAGCUUGCAGCUGAACCAAGCCAAGCCACCCCAGCAUGUUCAGCAGACCAUAGUUGGUCAGAUCAACUACAUAGUGAGGCAGCCAGCCCCAGCACAGCAGCAAAUCCAAGAUGAAGCACAGGUCUGUGAGAGCUCCACAGAGCCUGAUGCCCAGAAGCCUGUUCCCCUGGACAAAAGUGACAGUCCCUCCCUGUCACCAUUAGAUGAUGGAGCCAGUGCCAGGAGCCACUCCCCUGAGAGCACACCACAGCAGCCUGGUUUCCAUCCGCUGAGAAAGCAUUCAGCAUCCUUGAGCUUUGUGGGCUUCCCAAACAGUUCGGAAAUGGAAUUAUCUCCAGCAAGAUUACCCAGCUCGGCUGACCCGCAGGUGAAAGGUGCAGCUGCUGUGACACUUGGUCCGUCCCCAAAUGCCCUUUGUGACUGUGAUCCUCCACCAGAGCCCCUGCCCAGCUACAGCCUGGCCCUGGGCAGAGCUCCCAGUGACCUGAGCCCUGGGGCUCCUGCUGGCCUCACAGCAGGUGAUGCACUCCAGGGAGGCACUAAAUGCAAGCUGGAGAAUGAAGACCUCAAUGCUGUAGAUUGUCUUCUAGAAAACAGUUUGGCUGCUGCUGGGCAGGAGGUAGUUAAUGAAUUAACUCUUUCUAUGCAAAAAGUGAUGGAAGAACCUAUUAAUCUGUCAAUCAAAAAGUCUCAGCACUGCACUUCUCCUUUGGAACCGCUCGGCAACACUUCUUUCCUGCCUGUGAAUGACAGAAUGAGACAGCCUAGAAGCAAAGAAGAUUCCAAUAACUGUGAAAAGGAACAUUUUGAAAUGGAUAUGAAAAGCAAUCACAAUGUCAGAGCUGUCCCUAAGGAGCAGAAGAUCCCCUAUGUGCGGCUGGAACGUCUGGAAAUAUCCACCUCGGAAGUGGGGCAGCUGCCGGUGUUCAAGCUGCAGCCGCAGGACAACGAGCAGGAGGGCAAUUUCCUCCUGGUGAUUGAAUGCGGGACACGCUCUUCAAGGAUGUCUAUAAAGAUCAAUAAAGAUAUCCCAGCUGAAGGACAAAAGUCCAAAGAGGAGAACUCAGAAGACAGAAGAUUUCUCAUCUCCCAGGCUGCAGGACAGUCACAAUCUCCUCCUGUGGAUGCUCCAUCUGUUGAUCAGAAGCUCAGCAAUGGCAUCUCCAGCAUGAAAAAGUCCCCAGUUACUCAGGAAUUCAGUCCAAUAGAAAAUGAGGAUUUCUGUGCUGUGUGUCUCAAUGGAGGAGAGCUGUUAUGCUGCGAUCACUGCCCCAAAGUCUUCCAUCUCUCCUGCCACGUUCCAGCCCUGCUCAGCUUUCCUGUGGGUGAAUGGGUGUGCUCGCUUUGCCGUAAUCCAGUGAAGCCAGAGGUGGAAUACGACUGUGAAAACACACGCUACAGCCACAGCUACAAUGCACAAUAUGGCCUUGAUGACUGUGACCAGAAGAAGUGUGAAAAGCUGGUGCUUUCCCUGUUCUGCAGCAGUAUGAGCCUCCCAUUCCACGAACCUGUCAGUCCCCUGGCUCGGCAUUAUUAUCAGAUCAUCAAAAGGCCAAUGGAUUUGUCCACCAUACGAAAGAAGCUGCAAAAAAAGGACAAGUCCCACUAUUCUGCACCUGAGGAACUUGUGACUGACGUGCGUCUCAUGUUUUGGAACUGUGCAAAGUUCAAUUAUCCAGAUUCUGAGGUUGCUGAGGCUGGGCGAUGUCUGGAUGAGUUCUUUGAGGACAAACUGAAAGAGAUUUAUCCAGACAGGCAUUUCCCUUCAAUGCAACAGGAUGACUCUGAUUCUGAAGACGUGGAAAGCCAGAGCAGCCAAGUGCCAUCCCAGGAUUUCCAGUGGCCGUUGUACGGACAGGAGUGCGUCCAGCCCAAAAGGAAGCGGCGCCACGCUGAAAGCGAAAAAACUAAAAGAAUGAUGUUUCAGCCAGCUAACAGCUGUCCUCAGGUAUGACCUCCUCAAGAUAUGAGAUUUGAGGAAUCCAGCAGCAUGACUGGCAGAGUUAAGGUGUGUGGGAGGAAAGCAAAGCGCUUGGGCUGUUUAUAAAUAAACUCUCCUAUUCUGCUGAUCAUAUGCCUUAUUUCUAGAUCUUGUGGAUAGAUAACAGAUCCAAAAUGUUUAAAUCUGUCAAUAUUCCAUCUGUUAAACCAUGUACAUGUUUUGCAGUGUUUACACUGAAAUACUAAUGUUUUGGUCAUAGGUAAUGAUAAAUAAUA